GAUAUCAUAUUUGACUAUAGUAUUAUCGUGCAUAUUAAUAAAUGCACGUCGUUUAUCAAUUCACAAGUGUUAAAACUCAAACCGGUCUAUUUGGGAUAGAUUUCGUUGCACGACCUUGUCUAUGAUCUAAUCAUGCUGCUGUGGAUUCUGUCCGGGUCUCUGGUUCUGUUCGGCAGCUUUGACGUCUGGUACUUCCUGAGAGGCUCGUGGAUGGUGAUCAAGUCCUGGUUUCAGGGUCCGGUUCGAGAUGUUCUGGCCGAGCAGGUGAUUAACGGACGGGUUCUGCUCCACGACCUGGACUUUAUGUGUCACAUGAAUAACGCCCGCUAUCUGCGAGAGUGCGACUUCGCCCGCUACGCGCACUGCACCCGAAACGGGCUCUUUCUGGCCGCCCGGGCGCUCAACGCCACCAUGGUGAUCGGAGCCACGACCAUCCGCUACCGGCGCUCGCUGGCGUUCGGCGAGGCGUUUGAGCUGCGCACCCGGAUCGUGGCGUGGGAUGAGAAGUCCUUCUACAUGGAGCAGAGAUUCGUGUCCAAGACAGACGGGUUCAUUUCUGCUGUCAUGCUGUGCAGGCAGAAUGUUAUUCGAGGGAAUCCACAGAAGAUCUUAGAUCACCUUUGCAAGAGGAAGGUGGAUUGCCCAGAGAUUUCAGAGGAUCUUCAGCACUGGAUUAGAUUCAUCUCUGCUAGCAGUCAGGCUCUGAGAGCCGAGAGCGGACUGGAAGACAAGACCAAGUGAUCAUUUCAAAGACUCUUACCGUAAGCCUUCCUUCUGCAUGUAAGUUUCCCGUGACGCUAACCUUAAUAUCUCAAAGUGUUGGUUUUAAAGUUGCGAAAGGGUUUUGUGACCCAGAACCUGUGGCUGUUGGCAGCUUCAGUGUUUACCCCACUACACCAGCCCUUCAUGUAGUUUAUUUGUUUAAAAGUAUUACAACUUUAUUAUUGUAUUGACAAAAUCCAUUUCAGAAACUGCUAGAAAUAUGACUGACAAAACCAGAGCAUGAAUCUCUGUUGAAAAGCAGAGUGCAUGAACGAAUGUUGAAAACUUGACUCUAUUGACUUGAACGCUAGGAGCUUUUGAACACUCCAAUGACCAAAUACGCACAUGAAUGAAACAAAAAUCACUUGGAAGGGAUUUGCACUGAGUACUUUAAUAGUAUAAAUGAUUGAUGAGCAGUGAAUUCAGACAACUGUGUUGUUUUAUCAUAUCACUUCAUGGAUUUGAUGUACUGGUCAGAUACUGUAUGUUAAUGUAGUUUCAUUAUUCCAGUUAUUCCAAUUUGAAACUGAAACAGUUUGUUAUUGUUGUUAUUUAUUAAAAGGGAACAUUUAUUUAUUAAAAUAUUUUUUCUGAGAUUUGCAUAAUUUCUUUGAGAAGAGUCUGUAUGUAAAGUAAUUUAAGCACCUGUAAUGAAACUUGAAGACUUGCGUUAUGAAAUAAAGUA